UGGUAGCAACUUAUAAAAAAAAAGGUCUGCCUCCCCCGCUGAGAAGAAUCAACUGGGUGCUAUAGCCGAGGGAGAGGAUUCGUGAGAAGGAGAAACAACCAUGGAAAAGCCAAGAUCUGAUUAUGUGGGAACUGGGAAUUCAUUCCCGACCAGAGUGUCUUCAGGGGACCGCUGUCCCUGCCCCACCCACUGAAGAUAUUGGCUGGAAGAAUCUGUGUGCAAGCACACAGUCACACAGGAGAAAGGCUGGGAACUAAAAUGUGAACGGUGGUGUUGCUUUCAGAGUGGGCAAGUGCAUGAAUUUUCCUCCUCUGCCUUACGAUUUUCUGUACAGCACAGAGGAAAAAGCACUGGAUCAGCAUUCAGAAGAUUUCCAGUUCACACUCUUGUCCCUCCACAGAACUGGCCGUACGAUCUCAGAGCCCACUUCCUUGGCCGCAGGCCGCCCAUCGACCUCUGGGAAGAUGAGUGGCUGCGGGAGGAAGGCCCUGACCCUGCUGAGCAGCGUCUUUGCUGUCUGUGGCCUGGGUCUCCUGGGCAUCGCAGUCAGCACCGACUACUGGCUCUACCUGGAGGAGGGCGUGGUCCUGCCCCAGAACCAGAGCAUGGAAAUCAAGAUGUCCCUGCACUCGGGCCUGUGGCGUGUCUGCUUCCUCGCAGGUGAGGAGCGGGGACGCUGCUUCACCAUAGAGUAUGUGAUGCCCAUGAACACUCAGUUGACAUCAGAGUCCACAGUCAAUGUUCUAAAAAUGAUUCGCUCAGCCACACCGUUCCCCCUGGUCAGCCUCUUCUUCAUGUUCAUUGGGUUUAUCCUGAGCAACAUCGGACACAUCCGUCCCCACAGGACAAUACUGGCCUUUGUCUCUGGCAUCUUUUUUAUUCUCUCAGGCCUCUCUCUGGUGGUGGGUCUCGUGCUCUACAUCUCCGGCAUCAACGAUGAGAUGCUCAACAGGACCAAGGACACAGAGACCUAUUUCAACUAUAAGUACGGGUGGUCCUUCGCCUUCGCUGCCAUCUCGUUCCUUUUGACGGAGAGCGCGGGGGUGAUGUCCGUGUACCUGUUCAUGAAGCGGUACACCGCCGAGGACUUGUACAGGCCCCACCCCGGCUUCUACCGGCCUCGCCUGAGCAACUGCUCCGAUUACUCAGGCCAGUUCCUACACCCGGACGCCUGGGUCCGGGGCCGCAGCCCCUCCGACAUCUCCAGUGACGCCUCCCUGCAGAUGAACAGCAACUACCCAGCGUUGCUCAAGUGCCCCGACUAUGACCAGAUGUCAUCUUCCCCCUGCUGAGCCUCACCACCUUCCUCCCUGGACUGUGGACAGCCAGAUAGCCCUUCCCGUGCUCCCCUGAUGGCCUGUGAGCCCCAGGCCCUUGGUUGCCAGGCCCAGGCUGUCCUCGCGCUUCGCUGUUGUCACUUGACCCACGUUGUCUCCACAGCUUCCCCCAGAGUAGCUCUAACUGCCCCAGGGCGGGUGUCGGGGAGGCUGGAGCCAGCGGGCAAGCUGAUUGGCUGAGAGCAUGGGUGUGGCCCCGCCUCUUGAGUGCCAAUCACUGGCUGUUCCAGCUGCGUAUUUGUCCCUACACACCCAACAUCAUGGCCCCAGGCCGAGUUCCUUACACAGACCCAACUGGGCUUGUGUGCCUACCAACUAGCCUGGCCCUCCUGCUCAUGAUCUGGGCCAUCAGGCCAAAAAGGUGACUCUCCUAUGGAGGUCUGGCUGGUUCAGCAUUGCCAAGCAGUGUUCCUUGUGAAAUCCUUUAUCCUUGUUGGUUACCCACACCAGUCCCUACAGCACACCUUCCUGGGCUCUCCCCUCCCCUCUGCCCCAUAAGCUGUGAAUCUUCCCUCCUCUCCUCCCACCAGGACUCAGCUGCCCGGGCCUUGGUCCCUAAGGGGUCCAGAGUGGGUCUGAGACCACACUGAUGAAGUCACAAAGAGGUGUUAAUGGCUGAUGAUGUCUUAAUAUGUAUGGCCCCUAUAACAUAUUCAACAGGGGUCUUUAAUGCCUUAACCCAAGAAGUGACUCUCACAAGGAGAAUUUCAGAUUUUGGCUGGUCCGAGUUAGUAUUAUCAGGCACUGUUUCAGGCCCGGGGGAUACUAUCCCUGCUCACAUGGGCAGUAUUUCCUGUCCAAGGCCCUAAAAUCUAACCAUGUAGAUACACGCCUAUACCACCUAAGUAGAAGGCAGCUUUCAAAGAGGCUGCCUGGGAUUUGGAGCUGGAUUUGUCAACACUUGGUGCAUUUUGAGUCAAAACAAGCCAGCCUUAGAAUAAUCUGGAUGCCCGUGAAUAUAUGGGGGUUGUCAUUUAAUCCUAAUACAGGGCAGUAUCUGCUUCCUGGACUGGGGACAUAUGCAGGCAGCCAGAUGCUUCCAGAAGAUGAGACAGGGUGAUGCCCAUUUUCCUAGUAGCAAACCUGAGCUGGGAGGUACCAAGCACUUUCCAUGAAGUCCACAGGAUCGGUGGAAGGGCCACUGCAGGACGUGACCCCCCCCCCCAGUUCUCCAGGCAAGCUCUCAGUGUAUGCAUUUCCGGUUAUGAGAUUGUGAGUAGCAAAACAAGGCCAGGCUCUCCGCUGUGUGUUUCUGCCAUGCCAGCUUUUCUCUCUUGCUCUCGCUCUCUAAGAUAGCGUUAGGUUCCAGGGUCACAGAGCCACCGCGGGCAACACUUGGGCUCUGGAAAGCUCUACAGAAGACCACACAUCCACGUGUACGGACUUGGACGAGACAGUCUCCUAGUUUUCUAGAGCUGCCAUAACAAAAUGCUCUAACAAGAGACAUUUAUUUCCUCACGGUUCCGGAGACCAGAAGUCAGAGAUCAAGAUGGCCGCCGAUUGGCUUUCUUCCGAGGCCUCUCCUUGGCUUGCAGAUGGUGUGUCCUCACACGGUCUUUUCUGUGCUUGUGUGCAUGCCCUGGGGUCCACGUUCCCUCUCACCAGGAAACCAGUCAGAGCAGAUUAGAGCCCAUCCUCAGAGCCUCAUUCAUCCCUGUUUAAAGGCCCUGUCACAUUCUGAGGUUCUGCAGGUGAGGGCCUCAACAUAGGACUUUGGGAGGGAGGUGCACGCAGUUCAGCAGGUACAGGUGGGUCACUUCAUAGCUGGGUUAUUCCACGUGCUUCACAGCACAGUAGAGGGGAAGAUGAGAGAAGCCGAUUGUGGUCCCAGUUUAGCCAUCACCUGAAAGCAUGGAUCCUUGGGCAACCCCAUCUGCUCUGAGGGGCUUGGCCCAAAUUAUCCCCAAGCCACUCCCUCCCACACACCCGCCCCCAACUCUAGUGAUUCAGCCUUGUGUACAAAGCUCCAGGUUGCCAUCAAAUGUGACUUUUCAAUCCUUGCCUCGAAACUGAUAGCGACCAUAAACCCAACCCAACGUCCCAGGCCAUUGGCACCUUAAAACGACUGCCGUACUCUGGUUACUGUUCACAGAAUAAAACGGAAACCACGUUCUCCUCCAUAGCAAAGGAAUCGGUUAGUGUACAUGCAGACUCACUAGGCGGCAUUUCCAAACUGGACGGUUGUUUAGAUGUGCUUUUCUCCUGUUUUGGUCAAUGUAAUUACCCUCCCAAAAUGCACUUUUCUGUCCCUUAAGCUCCCUUUCUCUGUCACUAUGCCAGGCUUGUGUGUGUGUACAAGGAAAAAAUAGAACCCACUCCUAAACAUGAGCUGAUUGUUGACUGUGACACCAUUAGGAUGAGCCUUUAUUGGCCUGGAGGCUGGGCUGCUAAGUCAAGCACCUCGUGCCUUGGGAAGGUGCAGUUUAUGCUUAAGUCAUUCUCUUCCCUCAUGAGAGACAGGGGAUAGAUCAAUCGUUGCACAACUGUUACAGUUCCCUUUCCGUCUAUCCAUUAAUCUCAGAACUGGGGGCCUAUUUGCAGCCUCUCUCCACAAUCAAAUGUUUUAAUCAAAUAUUAAAGUGCAUAAACUCAGAAAAUAUAAUUAGGGUCCUUUCCCAAAGCACUUGAUGAUCCUUCGUUUCUUCAAGCACUUGAAGAAAACACCUUGAGAUUUUUUUUUCUCACCUUCAAAAACUUGGAGAGGGAGGGAGGGUAAUAAACUGAAAUCUGAUAAAUUCUGGACUAGAAAAGCACUCAGGGUUACCAGUGGUUGGACAAGAAUAAUUCCGAAACUGCUGGUUCCCUCCCACGUGGAACUCACCAGCCUCCUCCUUGCCCCAGGGGGACUCAAUGACACCCCCUGCCCCACCAGAUGGCUUUCAAAGGUCUGUUUUCAGGGCUGUGGACUGAGUUGAUGGGGGCAUUGGGGACAAAUCCAUAAGAGCCACCAGCUUCUCAGUGAUGGGUCAGGGGAGCCCCUCCUUAACGUUUGGGUAAUUCUCCUUUCUCCCUGAAUAAAAGUGGUGUAUUAGGGUUCUCCAGAGAUAGACAAUGGGAUGUACAUAGGGAGAUUUAUUUCAAAGAAUUGGCUCCCAUGGUGGUGGAGGCUUAGCAAAUCCAAAAUCAGAUGGAGGAGACCAGCAGGCUGCAGACUCAAGGGAAAGUUGCA